AUGUUUCCCGUGAAGCGCUGGGACGGGCUUUACGAGGCGCUCCCCUCGUCGUACCUCCACGUCUCCACUCCGCCGCUCAAGCCUCCGCCCACCUUUCCGCUCACUCCCGCUUCCGCCCCGCCGUUUCCCGCGCAUAAAACACUUGAGACGCCUUUCGGUGGCGAGAAGGCGGAUCGAUUAGCGGAGAGCAUUGAUCGGCGCAAAGUUGGGGGAAAGACUACUGGAGGAUCGACUGUCGUUGGCGGAGGCGUCGAAAGAGCUAAGGACGAGAAUUCUGCGGCGGAAAUUGCGGGAGGAAGCGGUAGUGAAACGAAGAAGAAGAAGAGGAAAAAGGGAAAGCGGGAGGUAGAGGAAAGGGGCGCGGAAGGUGCGAGUGCUCUGACUGCGACGGUAAAAGACUCGCACGACGUCGCACGUGACGUGGCGGGAGAGCGGGCAGGGAAUGCGCUAGGUGGCGAGGGCGGGGGUUUGGGGUUCGCACUAGAUGCAGCGCAAGGGCUUAGAGAUGGCAGUGGGGAGCUGGCACAGGGAGGUCCAGUGGGUAGGGGAAAGGACAAGAAGAGGAAACGGACGCGGGAGGAUGUUGGGAGUGCGAGCUGUGCUGCGGUUCAAAGCGGUGGGGAGGGGGAAGGUGAAGCAGGGGGCGGAGGAGGGUUUGAGCGAGGUACAGGGUUUGGGGGUGUAGCGCAUGCGGAGCAGGAAGACUCGGAACAGAAAGAGGGUUUAGGGGAUGGCGAGGGAAAGGCGAAAAGGAAAAAGGAGCGGAAGGGGAAGGGGGCUGGGCGAGGGAAGCAGGAUGGGGCCAUGGAUGGCGGGGAAGACACGGUGGUGGUAGCAGCAAACAUGGCAGCGGAGGGCGAUGGAGCGAGGGAGAGGGGCGAAGAGGGCAAUGAAGCAGGGGACGAUGGUGAUGAUGGCGUUGCGGGUGCAGAGGCGGCUCUUCAGGCACCUUCUAAGCCGCAAGCAGCAGCAAAAAAGGGAGGGGGAGGCGGAGGGGCAGGGGGAGGGGGAGGUGCGGUGCUGCCGUGGAUGCGGGCGCCAGUGAAGUGCUCCACAGCUGAUGCCGUUCCUCUAGCUUCGGUUCCGAACCUAGACAAGCGCCUCCUGCGCGCCCUCGCCCCGGCCGGCAUUUCUUAUCUCUUUCCCGUGCAAGCCACAGUGUGGCGCGAACUACUGGGGUUACCUGGUAACCACCCCCACGCCCAUGGAAAAACAACACCUGGGAAGGGGAAGGAUGGGGGAAUAGGGAGAGCAGGCGCUGGUGAUGGGGGGAGGGGGGGGCGGAGAGGGGGAGUUGCGCAGGCGGAGUGGGAGGGCGGGGAGGAGCGGGAGGUGGCGGGGCUGCGGGUGGCGUCGCACGACUUAUGUGUGUGUGCGCCGACAGGGAGUGGCAAGACACUGGCGUAUGCGCUGCCAGUGGUGCAGGCACUGGCAGGGCGCGUGGUGCGGCGAGUGCGGGCCGUGGUGGUGCUGCCCACGCGAGACCUCGCUGCUCAGGUGGGUGUUGAGGUGCGGCUGCGGUUGCACACACACGCUGCUGCCUUGCACGGAGACCUACCUCGCCUCGUCCCUUCCCCACUUCUCCAGCAACCAUCAACCUCACUGACCCACCAUUUCCUUCCAGUGUUAUUAGUCUCCCCCUCGAACACACCCUUUCUGUCUCCCCUCUCUCCCCUCCUCGACUCCACCACCAUGCCGUUCUUCCUGCCUCGCCAGGUGAAGCAUGUGUUUGACACCAUCGCGCCAGCUGUCGGCCUCUCAGUGGCUCUCAUCAACGGCCAAUCAUCGCUCGCUGACGAGGCAACCCACCUCGUGCCGCACCCCGCCGUCCGUGCCGGCCCCUUGGGUCUCCUCAGUCGUUCAAGCUACAGCCAGGGAAGCGGCUACAGCAGUGGCGGUGGGUGUAGCGGGGCGGAUAUCGUGGUGGCAACACCGGGGCGGCUGGUGGACCAUCUGAGGGGCACUCACGGCUUCUCCCUCGCUCACCUGCAGUUCCUCAACUUCGUUUACAUUCUCUCCAAUCUUCUCUGUCCCAUGCCCUCCCUGCUUCCUCUCGUGUCCCCCAUGCGCCCCCCUGCUUCCUCUCGUGUCCCUCAUGCGCUCCGUCAGGUGGUGGACGAGGCAGACCGGCUGCUGCGCCAGUCCUACCACGACUGGCUUUCUCUCGCCCUCACCCUGUCCCCACUGUGCCUCCUCUGUCCCCUCUUCCUCCCCAUACCUCCCUGGCUGCACCCCCUGCACCUCGUCUUGCCCCCAUCAGUUGCCGGCAUGCAUGCUGACGUGACAGUGAGCACGGCAGGUCCGGGCGGCGGCAUGCAAGCACGUGGCGGUGGCAGCAUGGGCGGUGCUCUCCCCACGCCAUUCAUCCACGGGCUGCGAUCCCUUGCCACCUGUGCCCCCUCCCUCCUCUCUGUGCCUGACAUUGAACGGCAUCGAGUCAUCAAGCUAGUGUGCUCCGCCACACUCACCCGCGACCCCUCCAAGAUCCAACGGCUCAGAUUGCACCGCCCGCUCUUCAUCUCCUCCGCCGCCCACCUGCUCGCCUCCGCCAUGCUCCGCCACGUGGCGGCUGGGGGGGCGCGCCAAGCUGGCUCCACUGCUGACGUGGAUGCUGACGUGGACGGUGGUGAUGUGGCUGCUGAAGAAGGGAUGGAGGAGGGAAGGGAGGAGGAGGAGGAGGAGGGGGAGGAGGAGGAAGGGGUGUGUCCACGUGCGAGUGACAAGCCCCUGCUGCUCGCAGCGCUGCUCAAGCAGCUCACUGCAGGGGAGGGGGCGGGGGUGGGGAUGGGCGCGCAGGAGGGGAAGAGCGAUGCAGCUGCCAGCACUGGCGCUCCUGUUGCCGCACGGGCCCGGCAGCUGACGCUGGUGUUUGCAUCGUCGCUGCAGGCAGCACACCGCCUCUUCCUGCUGCUCUCCGCCUUCCCCCCCGCCUCCCUGCCCUUCGCCUUUGCUGAGUUCUCCUCCCGCCAGCCGCAGCGCCAGCGCAGUGCCAUUCUAGACCGGUUCCGGAGGGGCGAGGUGCAAGUGCUGGUGGCCAGUGACGCCAUGACACGUGGCAUGGACGUGGAGGGCGUGUUCAACGUUGUCAGCUACGAUGCACCUGUGUACCCAAAGACCUUUGUUCACCGGGCAGGCCGAACUGCCCGGGCGGGCAGGCCGGGGCAUUGCUACACAAUUCUGAGGAAGCAGGAGGUGCGGCACUUCAAGGCGGUGCUGGGGAAGGUGGGAUGCACAGACUGCCCACAGAGCAAGGCGCCCUCGCACCUCAUGGAGGGGCUUAGGGAGCACUACGAUGCUGUGGGAGGCGCCGCAGCGGCAAGGGCAAGGGGGGCAAGGGUGGUGGUGGUGGCGCUGGGUGGUGGAGGUGGCGGCGGUGGAGGUGGUGGUGGCAAUGGUGGUGGUGGUGGUAGUGGCGGCGGUGGCGGCGGUGGUAGCUCAUCUGCUUCUAGUGGGAGGCGCUGCAGCGGCAAAGGCAAGGGUGGUGGAGGUGGCGGCGGUGGAGUGGCGGCAGUGGAGGUGGUGGUGGCGGUAAUGGUGGUGGUAGUGGCGGCGGUGGCGGCGGUGGUAGCGGUGGUGGCGGCGGCGGGGGCGGUGGUGGCGGCGGUGGAGGCGGUGGUGGCGGCGGUGGCGGUAGUGGAGGCUCUGGGGGUGGACAGCGGCAGCAGUAGCGCUGGCCUGAGACGCUCACGCCCCAGCAGCUUCGUGAGUGGCUUGCUCAGCGUGGCCCUUCAGGGGGUAGUGUUCAUUGCCCGUACAUCAGGCAUACAGGUCUCCGAGCUGGUUUCCCCUGUGGGAAGGUUGGACACUCUGAGCCCUGUUGCUUCUUCCAACUCGAGAAUGCUUGGCGCACCGAGUACGGUGUUGACGCUAAGAUCCCCAACUGGUUAG